CAUGGUGUCCGCUCUCGGGAUAGCAAAAAUAUCUCACUUAAUAAUCGACACCCCGUCCUCAACCCCACGAAUCGCCAUGAGUAGCUUCUCGCUCUUUGAAUCUGUCACCUCCACCAUCACCAAAGCCGUGGCCCCACUAUUAAGUGGGAAGAUGCAGCGCAAGUACGUAAUAAUUCCUAUCUUCCCCAACACCACUGGCUAUCCUAAUACGUCCGUGGAUUGUAGCUCGGUCGCGUGUUUGGAAUUCGUCAAGCAGAAUGCGACUCGAAACAACCCUGCAUCUGUGGUUGCUGCCAUCGACGCCUUCGCUGCCAGCAAUACGAUGAUGAACGUCGGAGCAGGCAAAGGAGCUAUUGUGGACGCCGAGAUUCGACAGAAGAAACCACGAGCUAUGGCAGAAAUCGGAGCUUACACGGGAUACAGUACCGUGCGCUUUGCCAGUGCCCAACGCGAAGCCGCCAAAGCGGCCGGCAUCGACUCCCACUACUACUCGUUCGAGUAUUCACCGGAGUUUGCGGCCCGUGCACGUGAGGUACGUUGUUGGGAAGGGUGUUGUAUGUAUCUUGAUCGACUUACGAUUGUGUGACUAGAUGGUCUCGUUUGCCGGGUUGGAUGACCAAGUGACGGUCAUCCAAGGCGCAUUCUCCGACCAACUUCACCAUUUGAAGGGCAAGACCGUCGAUAUCUACUUCAUUGACCACGACAAGAGUUUGUACGUGCCUGACGCCGAAAAGAUCAUCGCAAGCGGUACUCUCCAGCCAGGCUCGUUGCUCAUUGCAGACAACGUCCUGAUUCCAGGAGCCCCUGAAUAUCUCACUUUCCUUGAAGAACACCCCCAACUGAAACCUGUACUCCACAAGGUUCCACUGGACUUGUUUACGUGGGUUAACGAUGCCAUUUCCGUUGCAACCUACACCAAGUAACACCAGUGUAGGCACCACUCGUGUUCGACAUCACCUCGACCGUGGAUUAAACGUGCGGAUAAUGCGUUGCAAUUAUUGUGUCAGUUUCGUGAUUUAUUC